GCAUGCGCACGAUGCUUUGAGAGCCCUCUGGGUUUGUUGAGGGGUGCUUGUUCCCACCCGGAAGCACGUUGAAUGGGUUUCCGGUCCUCUUAAAGCCCCCUCCCCCCUUUAUUGGUUCCAGGGAAAAUCAUUCCGCCCCUUGUUUUUCCCUCAGAGGGGGAAAAGCUUCGACCGCCAUGGCGGAGUCUGAGGACAUGAUGGAGCUGCAGCGGGAGGUGAUGGAGGAGCUGGGCAUCUCUCUGGACGACUUGAAGCAGAUGAUUGACGAGGAGCUGGAGAAGUCAGAGGAGGUCCGGCGCCGGAAGCUGGAGCUGCAGCGCAUGGAAGAAGUGGUGCAGCAGAAGGAGGCCGAGGUGGCCUACGUGGACGAGCUCCUUGACAAUGCUGUCAAGGCUGUGGAUAAAUGUGAAGUACUCUUGAAAGACGUCUAUGCCAACCUGGGCCUGGAGUAUCAUGAGACUGACUCGGAGGAGGAGGACCCCUCUUCCAAACCCUCGGAAGUCAUUGAGAUCCCCGACGAAGACGAUGAUGACGACGUUAUGAGCAUUGAUUCAGCGGACACAAGCAACAAAAUGGCAAAGGAUCAAUCGCUGCCGCAGAGCCGUGCCGCUUCCGUCUCUCCGCAGCUCCGCGAGGCCAUGGCGGCCAUGAGGAAGUCGGCACAGGACGUCCAGAAGUUCAUGGACGCGGUGAACAAAAAGUCGGGCGGCUUGGACUCUCAGAGAGGAUCUCAAUCGGUGAAUCCCGGCUGCGAGCUCAUGCAGGAGGGAGACCUGACCGUUGGGGACCGAGUGCUGGGCAAGAAGCGGACCAAGACCUGGCACAAGGGCACCCUCAUCGCCAUCCAGACCGUGGGGCCGGGGAAGAAGUACAAAGUGAAGUUCGACAACAAGGGCAAGAGCCUGUUGUCAGGGAACCACAUUGCCUACGACGCUCAUCCGCCCGUCGACAAGCUCCACGUUGGGAGCCGCGUGGUGGCCAAGUACAAGGACGGGAACCAGGUCUGGCUCUACGCCGGGAUCGUGGCCGAGACGCCCAACGCCAAGAACAAGAUGAGGUUUCUCAUCUUCUUUGACGAUGGCUAUGCCUCCUAUGUGGUCCAGCCAGAGCUCUACUUGAUCUGCAGGCCUUUGAAGAAAUCCUGGGAGGACAUUGAGGACAUCUCCUGCCGGGACUUCAUUGAGGACUACAUCACGGCCUACCCCAACCGCCCCAUGGUCUUGCUGAAGAGCGGCCAGCAGAUCAAGACCGAGUGGGAAGGGACCUGGUGGAAGUCCCGCGUGGAGGAAGUGGAUGGGAGCCUGGUUAAGAUCCUCUUCCUGGUAGGAACAGCGCAGGAUGACAAACGCUGUGAGUGGAUCUACCGGGGCUCAACCCGCCUGGAGCCCAUGUUCAGCAUGAAAACCUCCACAGCGUCCACACAAGAAAAGAAGCAAGGAGGGCAGAUGAGAACCCGACCGAAUGUCGGGGCCGUGCGGAGCAAAGGGCCCGUGGUCCAGUACAUCCACGACUUAACGGGGAGCGGUCCGCAGCAGUUCAAACCCGUGGAGCUGUCUCAGAUGCCUCCCGCGACUCCCCAGCCAGCUUCGCCCCCCUUGAUCGAAGUGGAUAGCCCCGACAGCCAGCUGUCUCAGGCCAAGAAGCAGCAGGUGGCCAAGAAAAGUACUUCCUUCCUGCGCCCGGGCUCCGUGGGAUCGGGGCCAUCGCCGCCCGCCUCCCCCGUCUUGACCGAAAUGACUCCAACUGGACGGACAAACCUCACCCAGCAGUUCCGGUAUUCGGGCGCCCCGCCCUGCGCCGUGCCCGCUCCGUCCUUCCACGGGAUGCUGGACCGGGUGCCCAACGAGCCCUCCUACCGAGCCCCGGUGGAGAAGCUCUUCUACCUGCCCCACGUCUGCAGCUACACCUGCCUCUCCCGCGUGCGGCCCUUCCGCCCGGACCAGUACCGCAGCAAGAACCCGCUCCUCGUCCCGCUGCUCUACGACUUCCGCCGCAUGAACGCCCGCCGCCGCAUCAACCGCAAGACCGGCUUCCACGUCAUCUACAAGAGCCCCUGCGGCCUCUGCUUGCGCAGCAUGGCCGAGAUCGAGCGCUACCUCUUCGAGACCGACUGCGACUUCCUCUUCCUGGAGAUGUUCUGCCUGGACCCUUACGUCAUGGUGGACCGCAAGUUCCAGCCCUACAAGCCUUUCUACUACAUCGCGGACAUCACUAAGGGGAGGGAGGACGUCCCGCUCUCCUGCGUCAAUGAGAUCGACAACACGCCGCCGCCGCAGGUGGCUUAUAGCAAGGAGCGCAUCCCCGGGAAAGGGGUCUACAUCAACACCAGCUGGGAGUUCCUGGUGGGCUGCGACUGCGAGGACGGAUGCCGGGACAAAUCCAGAUGCGCAUGCCACCAGCUCACCAUCCAAGCCACCGCCUGCACCCCGGGGGGCCAGAUCAACCCGAAUUCUGGAUAUCAACACAAGCGGUUAGAAGAAUGCCUACCAACAGGGGUUUACGAGUGCAACAAGCGCUGCAAGUGCAACGUCAACAUGUGCAACAACCGCCUGGUGCAGCACGGCCUCCAGAUCCGGCUGCAGCUUUUCAAGACGCAGAACAAAGGAUGGGGCAUCCGCUGCCUGGACGACAUCGCCAAGGGCUCCUUCGUCUGCAUCUAUGCAGGGAAAAUCCUGACGGAUGACUUUGCUGACAAAGAGGGCCUGGAGAUGGGCGACGAGUACUUUGCCAACCUGGACCACAUUGAGAGUGUGGAGAACUCCAAGGAGGGCUACGAGAGCGAGGCCAAGUGCUCCUCAGACAGCAGCGGGGUCAACCUCAAGGACGACGACGACAACUCGGGCUCGGACGACCAGGAGGAGUCCAACGAGGACAGCUCCGACGACAACUUCUGCAAGGACGAGGACUUCAGCACCAGCUCCGUCUGGCGCAGCUACGCCACCCGCCGCCAGACCCGGGGCCAGCGGGAGAACGGCCUCUCGGAGACAGCCUCCAAGGACUCCGGCGUGGUCCGGCAGGUCAGCCACGAGGAGGCCCUGCCUUGCAAACCCCCCGUCUCCGAGGAGACCUCCAAGAACAAGGUGGUGUCCUGGCUGAGCUCCAACGCCAUGGCGGACGGGUUGCAGGACAGCGACAGCCGCUCCUCUUUGCGCCUCCACGAAACGGGGGCCACACUAAAGACUGAAGCAGCCGAGAGUGAGAAGCCCGGGGCGGUUGCAUUCGGUGGCUCGGAGGGAGAGACCGUAGUCAAGAAGAAAGAGGAAUCUGAAGAUGGUAACAAACCUGCGCUAGGGGCCACCCCACAAAGGCAUUACGGCUACAAUCCCAACCCAGCCGUCCCUGAAGGUGUCCGGCGGCCGGUCAGCAAGACAGCUCUGCUUCAGAGUCGGAAGCAGCCGGAGCCUCAGCCGGGAGCCAAAGACGACGUACUGAUGCUCUCCAGCAGCACGGACAGUGACGGGGACAACAACGGGAAAGGGAAGGGCAACGCCAACGACAGCGACGACAUCCAGACCAUCUCGUCCGGUUCGGAAGAGGAGCCGGCGCUGGCUGCUGACGAGAAGAAGCCGUCCUUCUCCAAGCUGGGAGCGGUGAAGAGGCAGGUGGCCGUGAAGUCCACGCGUGGUUUUGCCCUGAAGUCCAUGCACGGCAUCCCCAUCAAGUCCACCCAGCUGGCCUACGGGGAGAGCGCGCUCGUGCGGAGGAACACGCGCCAGUUCUACGACGGGGAGGAGUCCUGCUACAUCAUCGACGCCAAGCUGGAGGGCAACCUGGGCCGCUACCUCAACCAUAGCUGCAGCCCGAACCUUUUUGUCCAGAACGUCUUUGUGGAUACGCACGACCUCCGCUUUCCCUGGGUGGCCUUCUUCGCCAGCAAGAGGAUCCGCGCGGGCACGGAGCUGACGUGGGACUACAACUACGAAGUCGGGAGCGUCGAAGGCAAGGAGCUGCUUUGCUGCUGCGGAGCCAUCGAGUGCCGCGGCCGGUUGCUGUGAGGUGGGGAACAAGCUCUAAAAACCCAGAGACAAACAACAAACUGGCGUCAAGGAGCCCCCAGUCCCUCCUCGCCCCCCUUUCUGCCACAAUUUGUGGUGUUGCGUUUCUUCGCUCGUGGUGGUCGGUCGGCGGCCUCGACGGGUGUCUCUUCGGUUUCGUGUUGUGUAUCGUGUCCGUGGAGGGGCUGUUCCUUCCUUUUGGUCCCACUAUGUUGUUUGAAAACAAUAAAAUGGGCCCGUUUCUGCCUAAA